AUGGUGCUGGAAGAUGAGACCCCCAGGUCGGAAGGCACCGAAAAGAUGACUGGGGAAGAGUCAAGGCCGAGUACAAUUAGUACUGUAAAUAAUGACGCUAUUGAAUCAAAGCCGAAAGGAAGUUCAAUCGCUGAGCACUACAGAUACAAGCGGAAAGACCAAAGCUUUUUAAAAACACAUAAAAUUGGUACAUGGAAUGUAAGAAGUAUGAACCAAGGCAAGCUCGAAAUAGUCAAAUCAGAAAUGGAUCGAAUCAAAAUAGACAUUCUUGGAAUAAGUGAACUCAAAUGGACAGGAACUGGUCAUUUCACAUCAGGCAACUACGAAGUUUAUUAUUCUGGCAACCAAAACACCAGAAAAAAUGGAGUGGCCAUGGUAUUAAACAAGAAACUCGUUAGUUCAGUAAUCGGAUAUUAUCCAAAAAACGAUAGAAUGAUUACUAUUCGACUUCAUGGAAAACCAACGAACUUAACAAUAAUACAGAUCUACGCACCAACUACAGAAGCGGAAGAAUCAACAAUUGAAGAUUUCUACAUGGAAUUACAACAAACGCUCGACGACGUUCCAAAGAAAGAUGCCAUUCUGAUAAUUGGUGAUUGGAAUGCAAAGGUUGGCGAAACGGCAGUACCUGGUAUAGCUGGAAAAUUUGGUUUGGGAAAACGCAAUGAAGCAGGCGAGAAAUUGAUUGAUUUCUGCCAAGAAAAUCAUAUGAUCAUCACCAAUACAUGUUUUAAACAACCGAAACGACGAAUAUACACAUGGACAACACCAAGUGGACAGCAUCGAAACCAAAUUGAUUAUAUCCUCUGCAAUAGACGAUGGAAAAGCUCAAUAACAUCAAUCAAAACACGACCAGGAGCUGACUGCGGCACUGACCACGAACUAUUAUUAGCGUGUCUUCGAAUUAAGCUUAAACAACAUCACAAAUCAACACAAACAGCAAAACCCGAUUUACAAAACAUCCCGUACAAAUACAAGAUAGAAGUAAAAAACAGAUUCGACGCGCUCAAUCUGAUGGACAAAGAACCUGAAGAAUUAUGGCAAGAAAUACGCGACAUAAUCAACGACGAAACGAAAAUAAAUAUACCGACAAUCACAAAGAAGAAGAAAAACAACUGGAUAUCGUCAAGCACUUUGGAAAUCGCGAAGAAAAGACGAGAAGCCAAAGCAAAUGGAAACAGACAAGUCAUUACAAAACUUAACGCCGACUUUCAACGGGCAGCAAGAAAAGACAAAGAAAAACAAAUUAUGCAAGAGUGUGAAAAAGUAGAAGAAUACAACAAGAAAGGUAUGACAAGAGAUUUAUUCAAGAAGAUAAAAUACUUCCGUGGACAAUUUAUACCUAGAAACGGCACCUUAACGGAUCAAAAUGGUAAAAAUUUAAUAAAUGGUGAUGAAAUCAAAAACAAAUGGAAACAAUACACCGAGGAAUUAUACAAGAAGGAAAUCAAUGGUACAGGAAAUUUGGAACUUGAUAAUUAUGAACUAGAACCAGAUAUUUUGGAAAGCGAAGUUAAAUUCGCCAUUGAAACAUUAGCAAAUGGGAAAGCCCCUGGACAUGACGGUAUUCCGAUUGAAUGCUUCAAGACAAUUAAAGAAGAUGCAGUGAAAAUAUUAACAAAAUUAUGCCAACAAAUAUGGAAAACACAAAAAUGGCCUCAAGACUGGAAAACAUCGCUACUCAUUCCCAUACCAAAGAAUGGAAAUGCCAAAGAUUGCUCAAAUUACCGAACAAUCGCUCUUAUCUCACAUGCCAGCAAGAUCAUGCUGAAGAUUAUACAACGGCGAUUGGAACCUUUUCUCGAACGGGAAAUGCCAGUCACACAAGCAGGAUUUAGAAAAGGAAGGGGAACACGCGACCAAAUAGCAAAUCUACGGUGGUUGAUGGAAAAAGCUCGUGAAUACCAAAAAGAGUUUUACUUAUGUUUCAUCGACUAUAGUAAAGCUUUCGACUGUGUAGAUCAUGAGAAACUCUGGUCUGUACUACUGGAAAUGGGUGUGCCAAAGCAUUUGAUUAUCCUUAUGAAGAACUUAUACACCAAUCAACAAGCAACGGUGAAAACGGAUUAUGGAAAUACAAACUGGUUCAACAUCGGAAAAGGUGUGCGGCAAGGCUGCAUACUAUCUCCAUACUUAUUCAAUUUAUAUGCAGAGCAUAUAAUGAGAAAAGCUGGGAUAGAGGAAGCAGCAGGUGGUAUAAAAAUUGGUGGACGAAAUAUCAACAAUUUACGUUACGCAGAUGACACUACAAUAAUGGCCGAAACAGCUGAUGACCUCCAAUACCUCCUACGGAAGGUAAAAGAGGAAAGUGCAGCUGCAGGACUAAAACUGAAUAUGAAAAAGACAUUCGUGAUGACAAAUGCACCCAUUCAAGAAUUUUACAUCGACAAUGAUCAAGUGGAAAUAGUCAAAGAGUUCAUUUUCUUGGGCUCUAGUAUAAACAUCGAUGGUAACUGCAGUAACGAAAUAAAAAGAAGACUUCUUAUGGGUAGAAAGGCAAUGGUUAGCCUGGACAAACUCAUCAAAAGCAAGGACGUCAGCUUGGCCACCAAAAUUAGAAUAACCAAAACGAUGGUUUUUCCGAUAACAACGUAUGGAUGUGAAAGUUGGACAAUAAAACAAGCAGAUCGAAGAAAAAUCGACGCCUUCGAACUUUGGUGCUGGAGAAGAUUACUUCGUGUUCCAUGGACGGAGAAAAGAACCAACAAAUCUGUUUUGCAAGAAAUAAAACCUGAAUGCUCACUGGAAGCUUCAAUGGUGAAGUUAAAAUUAUCAUACUUUGGACAUAUAAUGCGACGACAAGCUUCGUUAGAAAAAGAAAUAAUGCUUGGCAUGGUCGGUGGUAAACGGCGCAGAGGAAGACAAAAGAAAAGAUGGAUUGACACAAUAAAGGAAGACACACAUUUAACAUUAACCCAACUCAACACAAUGGCACAUAACAGAAACAUGUGGAGAGGUCUGAUUCAUCGGAUCGCCAAGAGUCGGACUCGACUGAAUGGAUAA